GAGUACGGCAAUGCCGCCGCCGCUGCAGCGGCAGCACGGCAGCGCUCUGUGGGCCCUGCGGCGCUUGGGAAAGCGCUUGCGCAGGCGUUUGGUCGUGGCCUGGGGCGCAUUGCUGGACAUGACGGUCCAAAGCAGUACCUGUGCCCCUUGGAACUGCACGUGCUAGUGGACAACGGCCUGCUGCUGCCCCAGGACGCCGAGCUUGACGCAGCAGUGCCGUCAGCCCUUUCCUCCUCCUCCCCAACACCGCCAGCAUCCUCCCUGGCUACUCCUGCGGCUGCGGCCGCUGCUUCCACUCCUCACAGCCCUACCCAUGCAACCCAGCCCACCAUAGACAACGCCGGUGGCGGCAACAGCGCCGGCGGCGGUGGUGGCGGCGGCGGUAGUCGUACGGAAUCCCUGGGCAGUACCCUCUACCGAGAGCGAUGGCUGCUCUCCUCAUGCCACGAUGCCGAGGGCGUUCCGCUGCCGGCGGCGGCGGCGGCGGCGAGCGCAGGCGGUGCCGUACGACCUGAGCUCGUGGCGGCGGUUGCCGUUUGCAUCGCACGCAAUGAGGAACGGGACUUGUACCCCGCUAGUGGCCUCUUCGCGCCUGUAUUCCUACUUCCGCCGCCGCCGCAGCAGCAGCUGACGGCGGCGGCGGCGGGGCCGGCGGCAGCGGCAGUGGCAGGUUCGGCGCUGGGACGCAUGCCCUUCCUGGUUGCUGGGCACUUCUACCUCUCCCGCCGCAGCGGUAAACACGUGCUCUCGCCGUUUACGCGCUCUGACGGCGGCGGGAUUGCUUCCGGUGGUACGAUGGCGGCGGACGCUUCCGGCGUUUCCGGCGGAGCAAUGAUGACGUCAGCGGCGGCGGCGGCGGCGCUGCCGCCGCUGCUGCAGCACCGUUGCGACCACAACCGUCGCGUGUUGGAUCUCGCAUCAACCGCCUGGCAACAACUAGCGUCGUACUUUUGCGCACCGGACCAAUACAACGGUCCGAGAAACCGUUUGUACGACAUCUUUCCCGACAUGGCUGCAGCUACAGCCGCCAUCGGUGCUACAACUGCUACUGCUCCUGCUUCUGCAGCGACAACCCCCGCCCGAAGUCCCCCAACCACCCUAACCGCCACUUCUGGCGGCACAACAGGCGCCAACAGCAGUACUGCUGCCGCUGCUGCUGCUGACGAAGUUGCGUUGUACUGCCUACGUCAGAUGUACGGCGCCGCCUCACGGUUACCGUUAUGGCGGCUCCGUACGGGUCGCUUCGUACACUUGCCCGAGGGCUGCUUCCUCCAGCCGACCACGGAGGGCCUAGGACCCGCAGCCAUGGGCUUCAUGGCCCGGCAGCUGCCGCUGUUUGAUGUCCCAUGGGUCGUCAAGAAGCACCUGGAGGCCGCGGACGUGCACGGUCUGCGGACGGUUAGUCCCGCUGUCGUACGUCCGCUGCUCAAGAACCUUGGACGUCGGCAAGGCAUGGGAGUGGGCGCUACCGCCGGCGUCGGCGUCGGCGGCGGCGGCGGCGGCGGCGGCAGCGGUUCUGGCGGCAAGCCCACAUGGCCCAAUUUGACGGUUCUGGAGGCGACGGAGCUGCUGCUGUUUUGUUCCGCGGAUCUCCUGGCGGAUCAGCUGCCUGCAUCGGCUGCUGCCGGCGGGGUUGCUGCUAGUGGCAGCGGCGGAGCAGGUGUCGGUCGGCCUGGUACGGCGGCGGCGGCUGGGAGUGGGGCGGCGGCGGGUGGCGGCUCGGGUGCUGCGGGUGGUUUAGCGAGCGCUAGCAGUCUGAUGGAUGAGCUGUCAUCGCAGGUCCGCAAUGUGGUGGGCGAGCUGGUGGGCCCCGCCUUGUACGACCAACUCAGGCAGCAGGCCCUGGGUAUACUCUCCGGAGCAGCGGUGCCCGCCGGCUUCGGAGCCGCAGCCGCCGCCCCUCAGCCCCAGCAGCUCCAGUCGCAUCCCUCCCAUCACGCCCAGCCGGCCUCGCAGUCCCCCGCCGCCGGCCCGCGCUACCAUGCAGCUCGACUGCUGGACUGCCGGGGGCUGCCGCUACCCACGGCGGCAGGCAACAUCGAGGUGCUGGGCUCCCAGCCGCUGCUGGCCGCCCCGCCGCUGCCCUCGCUGGCCUCCCCCGCCUCGCUGCUGCCCCCGCACUGCGCGGCGGAGUUCGUACACCCGGACUGCGUGGCGCGCAUGAGCGAGCACUUCAAGGAUCCGCAGUACCGCUCCUCCCUGGCGCUGCGGCUGUACACACUGGGGGACCUGGCCCGACACCUCCGUACGGCACUGCCUCCCGGCUGGGAUCACCCCAUGCCGCCGCCACCAUCACACUCAGCCGCAGCGGCCGCCGUAACGCCUGCGGGCGACGUAACGCCUGCGGACGGACCCGUGGGUCUGGGUCGGGCGUGGGACAGCGGCCUAGGGCUGCUGGGCGAUGGCCCCAGCGGGCUGUGGCUGUGGCAGCUGUGGGUGCUUGUGAACGGCAUGCUGGAUGCGGCGGAGGAGUGGCAGG